UCAUCUUUAUAAAGGUACUACUUCUAUUUUCCUUCAUUUUUCUCGUAUUCAUUCAGUAUCAGCGGCCUGUUGUUUGGAACUUGCGAUGGCUGUGUACGCUCACGCAAUAAGCUUCGUAGUACUGUGUGGAUUCACUUUGCGAUAUGGUGUGGUGAUGGAUCACACCAGCAUACAUCUCGAUCAUAAGUGCUCGGAAAACUCGAGUGACCAUAGCGCCAAUUGCUCAUAUCGCGGUCUUACAUCGGUUCCCCGGAAUCUUCCACACGACUUGCGUUCCCUCAACGUUUCCCAUAAUAACAUAUCUAUGCUCCUGGACAAAUCUUUCGUGAACUAUACUCAGCUAGAAACUUUAGAUGCUAGUUAUAACUCCAUCUACCUCAUUGAGAAUGAAACAUUUCAUGCUCUCUUGCUACUUAAAGAAUUAAGGCUCCAUCGCAACAGUAUUAGUGUCCUACCCAUUUCCCUCCUGGAGAAUAAUGUUCAUCUAUCCUUGGUAUUCUUACAUAAUAAUAGACUCAAGAGAAUUCCUCGCAUCUUUGGAAACAACCUGCAAACUACUCAGUUUGCAGAAGAUGGGGAGGACGCAUGCAGAUGUAAGAAUUUGUCAGUUUUUGACUUGUCUUUUAAUAACGUCAGAUCAAUAGAGCAAGGAGAUUUUGUAGCUUUACGAAAUUGCUCCUUUGAUAGAUUCAACUUGAAUUAUAACGAUAUAAAAAUUCUCUCUCGUGCCGUCUUUACGGAACUAUCAGCAGUACAUUUACUCAUCAAUAAUAUAUCAUUGGUUAAGUUCCACGCCGAUUCCUUUUUGGGUAGCAAGGCAAUAGUAAAAGCGACCAUAACCAGUUCGGGCAUAAGAUAUAUUGUACCCAUGAAUACAACGGUAAUACCAACAUAUCGUUUUCCAGGUAUAACAAAACUUUAUCUAAGUUAUAACGAAUUAAUAACUUUUCCAAAGUAUGCCCUGGAUGGUUUCGAAAAACUCCAGGUACUAGACAUUAGUUCCAAUCAUAUAUCUAGCCUUCAUAACGAGUCAUUUUGUGGAUUGAAAUCGCUGGUUAAUUUGGAUCUAUCCGUAAACGAAAUUAAGUCGCUUCCACGAGGAUCUUUUGCUUGUGCCGAAAAGCUUGAGAGGAUUGAGUUAUCACGUAACGACUUUGCUGUAUUAGAUCCUCAAUGGUUCGACGGAAGCCACCGUCUCAACACUUUGAGAUUUUAUCAAAGCAGCAUUCAUGAAAUCAAAACUAUACCUUGGGAUGCAACAAAUCUUCAAACUCUUAUGUUAGCCAAAAACAACUUUAACUCCGUGAACAGAAAUAUGUUUCUUGGUUUAAAAAAUCUAAAAUUUCUUGAUUUCACUAGGAAUUAUAAUCCUCUUGAUAUAUCCGUUGAUGCCUUUGAAGAAACCAGUUCUUUAGAAAAGGUCAUAAUGUAUGAUUUGGUCAAAUUUACGAUGACUGGUUCUUUCAGAAACAUGCAGCAACUAGUAUUGCUCGAUAUGUCUUAUCUUCAUAGUCACUUAGAAAUUUCUUCCCUUGGCCAAUUUACUUAUACAUCGGCGCUGAGGACUCUAAACUUAUCCAGAACUUACAUCAAAGCCAAAGAUCUAGUCCAAUUUACAAGCAAUACAUCCCUGUUUUCAGGACUGGUUUCGUUGCACACCCUAAACCUGCAACAUAACUUAUUCAAUGAUUUCCACGAGGCUCCUAACGCAUUUACCACACUAUGGAAUCUUCGUGAGCUAUAUCUGACCAAUAGUCGCAUACAGCAAAUUGACUCGGAGAUAUUUAGGAAUCUCACGUCACUAACAGUUCUCUCGUUGGGCUUAAACUCGAUCAAAAUCAUUCACGAGAAAGCUUUGCAGGAUUUACAGAACUUACGUACCCUGCAACUGAAUUCCAACUCCAUUUCAGUUAUCGAGAAGCAAUUAUUUUCUAGAACUCCCAGUCUCCGGUAUCUAUACCUCCAUGAUAAUAAAAUCUCCACGAUAGAACCUUUCACACUAAUACCAACAAGUCUAAAUGUGUUAAUCAUUGCGAACAAUCCCUUCACAUGUACCUGCCAACUUGCGUGGUUCAGGGAAUGGCUGGACAAGGUGAAUACAACAAUUGAUCUAAGAAGUGAGACUCGUUGCUCUAGUACUUCCUUCAAAUCGCUAAAAAAUCAGACUAUCUGGUCGUUCCAUCCUAAGGAUUACUGCGGAGUCAAUAUCUAUCUUAUUGUAAGUGUAUCUUUGGCAACCGUGACCGUUCUGUCGCUAAGUGUCCUCGUGUACCGAAAGCGAUGGUGGCUGAACCACAAGCUAUUUCUCUUAAAGUUGGCCAUCCUUGGGUAUCAAGAAAUCAUUGAAAAUCAAGAUCCUGCGGAUUACGAGUAUCAGCUUAACCUUAUGUUCCGUGAAGAUGAUGAGUGGUGGAUUAACGAUUGCAUGAAGCCAUUCCUGCAGGAGAGGAUGCCACAUCUGGAGAACAUCGUUUGGGGGGAUAGUGGUCUUCAUCCAGGGUCUUUCUACUUAAACGCCAUUUACGACGUCAUCGAGAACAGCUACAAGACGGUCUUAUUGCUUAGCAACCAGUCAGUGGAGGAUACCUGGUUCAUGACCAAACUCCGUAUGGCCGUAGAGCAUAUGAAUGACACCAAGUUGGAGAAGGUCAUCCUCAUAUUCUUAGAAGACAUCGAUGAUGAACACCUACCGUAUCUUGUAAGGCUGUUGCUGAGUCGGAACAAACCUUAUUUGCUGUGGGUGGAUGAUGAUGAAGAUGGACAAGAACUCUUCUGGGCAAAGUUUGAGAAGACCAUGAGGGCUAACAGGGAAAUGAAUAAUGUCAUUCCAGUUUAGCACAGAUCAAACAAACGUGGCUUCUUACGCUUUCAUGAAAAAGCGUGUAUCAUGAUGCGUGGUUGUAACUAGACGUGUGUUUAAAAUAAAAACGCUCCUUGCGUCGGAAUUAGUUCGAAUCCGAUGUUUGUCACAUUCAAAUUCAUUCUAUUUCGAAGUUGUCAACAUGCAUGUAAUUUGUCAAAAUAUGUUUCACGAGGAAGUAUUGCAAAGAGCUCACACUUCCAACUCCCCCAUAAAGAUGAUGUUUUUAUUUGUGGAAGUGAAUUAAUUUGUUCUUUGUCAGG